AGCCUUUCCGGAAAGUGCCGAAGCGGCGGCCGGGGCCCGGCCGAUCCCCCGCCGGCCGGCGCAGCGCGCCUGCGCGGAGGAGAGUCCGCGCCGGUUGGCGGCCGGCGCUCCGCAGUGGGGGAGAGAGGCGGGCGCGCAGCCGGCUACCGGUAGCCCGGGCGGUCGCCGCCGUUUAGUCGCUGCGGGCCGGCGGGGAGCGGGAAGAAGCGCCAGGCGUAGCCAUGUCCGUGGUCGGCAUUGACCUCGGUUUCCUCAACUGCUAUAUCGGCGUCGCACGGAGCGGCGGUAUCGAGACCAUCGCCAACGAAUACAGCGACCGCUGCACGCCAGCAUGUAUAUCUUUAGGAUCCAAGACCCGGGCCAUUGGGAAUGCAGCAAAGAGCCAGAUUGUCACAAAUGUAAAAAAUACAUUACAUGGCUUCAAAAAACUGCAUGGAAGAACAUUUGAAGAUCCUUACAUACAAAGUGAAAGGGCCAAACUUCCCUAUGAACUUCAGAAGAUGCCGAAUGGCUCCGUAGGAGUAAAGGUGAGAUAUUUAGAUGAAGAGAGACUGUUUGCAAUUGAACAGAUUACAGGAAUGUUACUGGCCAAACUUAAAGAGACUUCAGAAAGUGCUUUGAAGAAACCAGUGGCAGACUGUGUGAUUUCAGUACCCAGUUUUUUCACUGAUGCUGAGAGGAGGUCUGUAAUGGCAGCUGCACAGAUUGCAGGAUUAAAUUGUCUGAAGCUGAUGAAUGAAACUGCAGCAGUUGCACUAGCCUAUGGAAUAUACAAGCAAGAUCUGCCAGCUUUGGAAGAGAAGCCCAGAAACGUGGUCUUUGUAGAUAUGGGGCAUUCUGCAUAUCAGGUUUCAAUCUGUGCUUUUAACAAAGGAAAACUGAAGGUCUUGGCUACUACUUUUGACCCUUUCGUAGGUGGCAGGAAUUUUGAUGAGGCUUUGGUAGACUACUUCGCUGAAGAAUUUAGGACAAAAUACAAGCUGAAUGUAAAAGAGAAUCCCCGAGCGCUGCUACGAUUGUAUCAGGAAUGUGAAAAACUGAAGAAGCUUAUGAGUGCAAAUGCUUCUGAUCUCCCACUCAAUAUUGAGUGCUUCAUGAAUGACCUUGAUGUCUCCAGUAAGAUGAACAGGGCUCAGUUUGAGCAGUUGUGUGCAGGCCUCCUGUCCAGAGUGGAACCUCCUCUAAGAGCAGCCAUGGAACAAGCUAAACUUCAGCGUGAAGAUAUCUACAGUAUAGAAAUAGUAGGUGGGGCCACUAGAAUUCCAGCAGUGAAGGAACAGAUCUCUAACUUUUUCUGUAAAGAGAUAAGCACCACGCUAAAUGCUGAUGAAGCUGUUGCAAGAGGCUGUGCCUUGCAGUGUGCAAUUCUUUCCCCGGCUUUUAAAGUGCGUGAGUUUUCCAUCACAGACGUUGUUCCUUAUUCUGUAACAUUAAGAUGGAAAUCAUCUUAUGAAGAAGGAACAGGGGAGUGUGAAGUCUUCAGUAAGAACCAUGCUGCUCCAUUCUCAAAAGUAAUUACCUUUCACAAGAAAGAGCCUUUUGACCUGGAAGCUUACUAUACCCAUCCGCACGAGGUGCCUUAUCCUGAUACCAGAAUAGGGCGUUUCACUAUUCAAAAUGUUGGUCCCCAACCUGAUGGUGACAAUUCCAAAGUCAAGGUUAAAGUGCGUGUCAAUAUUCAUGGCCUUUUCAGCGUGGCUAAUGCUUCUAUCAUAGAGAAGCAGAAUAUAGAGGGAGAUCACAAUGACACGCCUAUGGACACUGAAUCAUCAAGCAAGAACCAAGGCAGAGAUGAUGAGCUGGAUAAAAUGCAGGUUGAUCAAGAUGAAGGUAUUCAGAAAAGUCAAGCUGAACAGCAGAACCAAGCAGAUGAGGAAGCUGAAAAUGCAGGAACCGAGACGAAAGUUGCUUCUGGAGACAAGCAAGAUCAUGCAGCCCAGCCAAAAGCUAAAGCAAAAGUUAAGAGUAUUGACCUGCCUAUACAGGCAAGCCUCUAUAGACAACUGGGACAAGAUCUUAUCAAUUCCUAUAUAGAAAAUGAGGGGAAGAUGAUGAUGCAAGACAAGCUUGAGAAAGAAAGAAAUGAUGCUAAGAAUGCUGUUGAAGAAUACGUGUAUGACUUCAGAGACAAACUGUGUGGAGUUUUUGAGAAAUUCAUCACUGAAGAGGAUUCAAACAAGCUGACCUUGAUGUUGGAGGACACAGAAAACUGGCUUUAUGAAGAUGGAGAGGACCAGCCAAAACAAGUCUACAUGGAUAAGCUUCAGGAAUUAAGAAAAUUUGGACAGCCUAUUCAGGAAAGAUACAUGGAACAUGAAGAGAGACCAAAAGUUUUAAAUGAACUGGGAAAGAAGAUUCAGCUCCUUAUGAAAGCGGUAGAAGCAUACAAAAAUAAGGAUGAAAAAUAUGAUCACCUAGAUCCUGCCGAGAUGGAAAAAGUUGAAAAAUACAUUAGUGAGGCGAUGAAUUGGUUGAACAGCAAAAUGAAUGCCCAGAACAAACUGAGUCUAACUCAGGAUCCAGUUGUCAAAGUGGCAGAAAUAGUGACAAAAUCUAAGGAAUUGGAUAGCUUCUGUAAUCCUAUUGUAUACAAGCCCAAACCGAAGAUAGAACCUCCCAAUGAUGGGCAGUCAAAAGCUAAUGGUGAACACAAUGGACCAGUGAACGGACAGAGCGGUACUGAAACAAAACCUGAACCAGCGAAGGACAAUUCUCAGCAGACCAAACCACCUGGAGAAAUGGAAGUGGACUAAAUCUUGCAUUUCUUUUACUUAAUUAAAAUAGUGCAAGUAACCACAGGGUCCAUUCUUUUUGUCUGGUACACACCUCAGAUGUUCAGUUACUCUUAGCCAACCUUCUGUCAUUUGUUGCUGAGUAGUUUUGAAAGUGUUUUAUAUUAAGUACACCUCUGAUGUUCAUUUUCACUGAUGCUGCUUAUGUGGAGCUUUAGCCAAAUGUAGAUUGUGUAAGUCAGUUUAAGCUUUCCCAAUAUAUUUUAUAUCAAACAUACAGAAUUGAUAUAUAAAUGGCAACAAUCUACCUUAUUUAAAGCUUUUAUUGUGGAUAAACCUCAGCUCCUUUAUUCAGGAAAGGAUACUGUAUUGCACUACUGAUGCUCAAGUGUAGGUCUAAUUGCAUCUUUAUUUUGGAAAAAUAUUGGAAUUGAAGUGGCAAAACUUGUCACUUGAAGCACUGACCUUUUCUAGUUAUUGUACUGUUAUAAUUUAAAUAUUAAAAUAGAGAUUAGUUGGCAUACUACUCCAUCUGGUGAUGUACCAUGAGAGUUGUACGGUCUUUUUCAUAUAAACUGAAUAAUACAAGCUUCAACAUUUUUUUCAGAUUCCCAUACCGCUAACAAUCUUAGUUACAAAAUGCUAGCACAGUGGCUCUGCCAUGUGCUGAAAUUAAGUGAAUGGUCUCAGUGCACAUCGCUGUACAUAACGUCCUGUGCUUAGGAGAGGAUGAUGCUAAUGAUAAUAGCAUGAAGUGGUGGAGUAUACAAGGACUGUUCCAUAGCUUUCCCUUGGAAAUGUCUCAUUGCAUGUGUUACUGUUUCCACUUUUGUUUUGAAUGAAAUCUACAUCUUGAUCACAUCUUGUGCUGGGGAGGAGAAACAAUGGAAAUAGUGCUGUGCAAGCUGGGUAUAGGCACCCCAGUUCUGAGGUUGCUUAAGUUCUGUUCGUUGCAAACUUGAAAGAAAUACCAAGAGCUUAUUUAAGUCUUGGUACUCGGCACGGAAACCUUUUGGUCAAGGAUCUAAACAGAAGAGCUUACAAACUGGAUGUUAUUACCCAAAGGUGGAAUCCACUUGAUGAACUUGCAUAGUUCACCCAAUACCUUUGGUCAUCAUAGACACUUUCAUUAGAUUAACUAAAUGUAUUACACAGUUAAGGCACAAUUUUUUAGAUACAUCUUAGACAUUGUCAAGGCCCAGCGUACAUUCGUAUAUUCUGAAUGCUUCUGUCAGUCACCCAAGGUACUGUAGCACUUGCUAGAGCAAGUCACUUUUCUUUGGACUUGAAACAAUUCUUCUAUUACUAGAACAGGAAUGGACUACUCUAUGAAAAGUGGUUUCUUAGUCAAGUCAGCAUAAGAGACUGAGAUUAGUUGCAGUGUAGCACUUCAGUGACUUGAACUCCAUUGCAGGAAAUGCAUUUAGGUCUCAGGUGCUAAUCAGGCAUUCCUGCAGCAGUUCUGUACAAGCUCUUGUUUCUAGCUUUGGCAGCCAUUUUAGUUCUAACUGUGCCCGUUGUGCUCCACCACUGUUCAUGCUACAAAGAGUAGUCCGUGACCCAAGCUAGAGUUGGUAGAGAGCAGCAUAGUUCUUAUGCUCUCAAGUAGCUUCAAAGAAAAAGGAAGCAGCAUUUACAGCUGUAUAAAACCUGCUAAACGAGCUAGUGCUAGAACUGUAUCUUCAUGACUGACAUCUGGUGACUGAGAUGCAUGUACUUUGCUCUACUGUUCCUCCUCUACACAGUCAGUUGUGGAUGGUUUGGCACCUUGCGUUUACGUAUUUAAAGCCCUUGAACAAAAACUGUGUGACCUUGAAGAGAGCUGCAGCUAUUCUGUAACCUCCAUCUUGAAUUCUGCCCCUGUGGUCACACAUCUGUGGCACUGAGUUGGGCAACGGUACUUCAGUGUCACUUGUCCGAAGUCAAAGUCAAUAUAUGACUGAGCUAGCUUUGGUCCUGUAGGCUUUAACAUCAUUAAUAUCUUAACAGCUUUACCACAGCAGUGUAAUGAGUAGCGUUCUUAAGUAUUGGCUUCCUAAAACCCAUCUACACAUUAAUUUGUCUAGUAAACUUCCUGAUACCUGGCAGAAGAGCUCCAACAGUGGAAAUCUCCAGUGUAAGCUCUCCAAUAGCUCUAAAAGGUCAUGUGUAAGAACAGAAAGUCUUCUGCUCAUGGCUAUCAGAUGCUUAAUAUUAAUUACAAAUGUCUGAGGCAAUUUUUAUGCAUAAAGGCUGUAAUAAUUCUACAGCUGCUUAAUAUGGCAAGCUUAAAAGCAGAUAUGGUUAAGACACGCAAUUGUAUGGUUUUCUUACUACAAUAGUUUGGGGUUUUUUGUUUGGUUUUUUGUUUUUUGCUGUGCAUCUGCUCUGUCUCUAGAUCCCUGGCGAAGAGGAAUGCUACCCACAGGCUGCCGAUAGCAGCUGGUUGGUGAUGGACAUGUUAAGAACCCCAUUUGGAAGGGCAAAAUUGUUCUUUCCACAGUGAGCUUCAUGUAAAUGUGUGAACAUAUGACUCGUUAAUAUGUAAUCUGUUUUCUGUUACAAAGAGGAAGUUUUACCGGGACACAGAUUAGAGGUUCUCAAGUACUUACAUAAGCUAUGCACAACUUGAAGAUGAGGUUUUUGGGUGUUGGACUCAGCAGUGAGUUACCCUGUGGCUACCCUGAAAGCACCAGAAUAAGUAUCUUGCAACAUAAACUAACAAGCUUUGUUACGGAAGCAACAGUAGUAUGCUACUGUGGAUCUUGUGUAUUUUGAAAGCAAGUAUUUGUUGCUAAUGUCUUGUUUGAGACUUCCUGUUGAGGGCAAGGUACAUUUCUAAUGUUUGAAAAUGUUCCCUCCCUCCUACAAAAGGAAGAAACAGGAAGCAACACUUACCUUUGUAAUGGCAGUGGAGUUUGGGUUUGGUUUUUUUAAAAAAAAAGUUAAUCACAGUCUACAACUUGCUGUAAAACUUAUAGAAUGGCAUAAAUGCUUUAUUUUACUAGUAAUACCUUUUCCUUUAAAGAGGAUUCUCUCCUGUCUUGAGCAUUAAUAGACUUGCUCAAGAAAUGGCUUUAGAAUUAAUUUGCUUUACUCGGCUAAGUUGCUACUAGCUGUUUUACAACUGAUUCAUGGCUUCCUUUCCCCAUCUUUCAUUACUGUAGUUUAAACUUCAGGAUGUUCUUUGAAGUUCAUUCAGGUGUAACAUAAAUAGAUCUUUAAAAAUCCCUUCAAGUUAAACCUUUUUACUUUUAUUUUUUUAAACUGGCAAGGGUGCCACAUGAAAAAAAUAACCCAGUACAGCUGCCUGCUUUGUUUGGUCUGAAUUUGAAUGAAGAAUCCUCUCCCUUUGCUUCUGGCAUUGUCCUUCUUUCACUGUUUAAGUACUGCCUUUGAGGCAUGCUUGGAAAACUUGCAGUAGGCAGUUGGAUCCCACUCCUCCAAGUCUGGGUGAUGUACCUAACCCAGUCUCACCGCUGGGCUUCACAAGACAAGGUGGCAGGAGAGGGAAGGUGCCCUUGUCCCUCUGUGAGGUAGGGCAGCACUGGAGGGGAGCCACGGGUACCGCUGCUGAGGGGUGCAGUAUGCCUGUUUUGGUUCUUCCACUCAGAAGUGAAGGCUAUUAAUCUAAGGCAACUAAUCUGUUUGUAAAAUUGCUUUGUAGCUUCAGCAUUUGAAAUUACUUUGAAAUGUCUUGGUGUGCUGAACUCCACCCUCUGCUAUAGUUUUUCCUGUUAGUAGCCAUUCUCAAAUACUCCAUAUUUAAGUGGGGUUAUUCCCUGGAAGGGUUAUGUUUAAAUGUAAUUUCAGGAAACAAGCAAGGAGUGGGUAGGAGCCUUUUCUUCCAACGUAUUUUUUGACACUAGUGUGAGAAGUUUACAGCCUUAACAAACCUUGACUCUUCACAUUUGUCAAUGCUCUGGUUAUCCAUGCCUUUGGGUUAGCUGACACUAGCUGUCAAAAACAUGAACCCAUUUUACAAAUACGCUGCAUUUGCUGGUUCAAAGCACCCAGACAGCUGCUGUAGGAAAAGAACCUAAAUUCCAUUCCCAUAGACUAACGUCAUCAUGAACCUCAUUCCUCAAAACAGGGCUUUCAUUUUUGUGUUACCACACUGUAUUACUUAAACAUGCUGACUUCUGUGAACUAUUCUAAACUGAAGCCCCAGCUGCCCAAACCUCAGCUGUGGGUCAGUAUAGUGUCCACAGGCUCCAAGGCUGCUUUUACAUGAGCUACCAGCAGCUGUGAGUUCUCUUUAACUGGGUGGAAGGAUAUUAUCUUGCCUCUUACACAUUUUUUUUAAAGUUUUCUAGCCUUUCAGGCACCAGAAGACACAAGCUUUCUCUCAAAAGAGGUAGUAAAAACCAUAUUGCUUAACAAAAGGCAGUUAAUGCCUUGUAAAUUUUCAUUUCAACCCCCAAGACAACAUUUGGAGUAUAAAUACAGAUUCUUGGUUCGCUAGAGAAAGUCAGCUACCAUACACUCUUAGCUGAAUUAUUAAUUCUCCACAGCUGAAAUUUGAAGACUCCAACCAUUUAAUACACAUAUAAGUAACAGUGGAAACAACUAAAUGUGACAAUUAGUGCUGCAGAAUACUAAACCAGGAAUGCAUUUAAAGUGACUUGCCUGAUAGAGUUACUAAACCCUGUUUUCCAUCUCCCUGGUCAGAAGGAAAUACAUCGAGCAAUGAAAAGCAGGAAUCACUCUAAUGGGAUCUAUGAAAAGUCAUUUUAAACAUAAAUGCAAUUAAGAGCUAUACCCACCGGCCACCUCUACAAAGUGCUGAAAUGGUUUAAUUAAUUAAAAAAAGGUGGUAUUCCCUGAAUGUUGCAUAGCUGUAAAAGUUUGUUUACAUAGUCUAAACAUAUCUCCGCAGGAUGGGGGGGAGGGAAGAGAUGGGAGUGUUAGAAUUUAAAGCAGUGUUUUAAGUAUGCAAAAUGUUUGCUAUGUAUGUAAAUGGGAUUCUUAUUAGUGACAGAUCAUGUGCAAAUUGACAAUACUUCAAUUUAUUUUUGAAUGGCAAUAUAGAUUGUCAAGGUUGUGUAUAAUUAUAAUAAAUAUAUAAACUGCUACUUGAACCAUAAA